GUCCUUCCCGGCCGCCAGCCCAUCCAACCGGAGCUUCGCAGUCAGCGGGCGAAUAAGCACGCGGCGGCCCUCCGGCUCCAGCUUGCGGGCCAAUCGGGAAGUCCGCGUGGCCUCGGCGGGGGCCAAUCGGACUGGAGCGCGGUGCCGCCGCGACGAGUUCCGGCCUGGAUAUCCCUCCGCCUCUUCUCUCGCUCUCUCUCCCCGCCUGCGAGCCGCCGUUCACUCAGACUCCCUCCCACCCUCUCUUCCUUCUUUCUCCCUCCGCCUCCCCAGCACCAGCCGCGCUCCGACUUGCCCCCGGGGUCCCUCCCCCGCCGCCGCCACAGCCACAGCCGCAGGAGCCAGAGCUCUCGAUACAGCAGCACAGGAGGAAAAGAAGAGGAGGUGGAGAAGAGAGGCAGGCAGGCAGGAACGCGGCCAGGGAAGCCGGAGAGAGACCAGUAGGAGGGAGCCGGUGAAUGGGCUUGUGGUGACCCCCGCCCCCCCACCCCAACCCUCCCUUCCCACCCGGCCCCCCCAACCCCCCCGUUCCCCCGUCACAGCCAUCGCCGCUACCGCGGGAGUCUGAGAAGCCGGAGCCGCCCGAGGAGGAGCCCGAGCCCCCGUCGCCGCCAUGGAGCUGAUCACCAUCCUCGAAAAGACCGUGUCGCCCGAUCGGAUUGAACUGGAAGCGGCGCAGAAGUUCCUGGAACGGGCAGCUGUAGAGAACCUGCCCACUUUCCUUGUGGAACUGUCCAGAGUGCUGGCAAAUCCAGGAAAUAGCCAGGUUGCCAGAGUUGCAGCUGGGCUACAGAUCAAGAACUCUUUGACAUCUAAAGAUCCAGACAUCAAGGCACAGUAUCAACAGAGAUGGCUUGCUAUCGAUGCCAAUGCUCGAAGAGAGGUCAAGAACUAUGUUUUGCAGACUUUGGGUACGGAAACCUAUCGGCCAAGCUCUGCUUCACAGUGUGUAGCUGGUAUUGCCUGUGCAGAGAUCCCAGUAAACCAAUGGCCUGAACUCAUUCCUCAGCUGGUAGCUAAUGUCACAAACCCUAACAGCACAGAGCACAUGAAAGAGUCAACAUUGGAAGCAAUUGGUUAUAUCUGCCAAGACAUUGAUCCAGAGCAGCUGCAGGAUAAAUCCAAUGAGAUCCUGACAGCCAUAAUCCAGGGGAUGAGGAAAGAAGAACCCAGUAAUAAUGUGAAGCUAGCAGCUACCAAUGCACUCCUGAACUCAUUGGAGUUCACCAAAGCAAACUUUGACAAAGAGUCUGAAAGGCACUUUAUUAUGCAAGUAGUCUGCGAAGCAACCCAGUGUCCAGAUACAAGGGUUCGAGUAGCUGCAUUACAAAAUUUGGUGAAGAUAAUGUCCCUCUAUUAUCAGUACAUGGAAACAUACAUGGGUCCUGCUCUCUUUGCUAUCACAAUUGAAGCAAUGAAAAGUGACAUCGAUGAAGUAGCCCUUCAGGGGAUAGAAUUCUGGUCCAACGUGUGUGAUGAGGAAAUGGAUUUGGCCAUUGAAGCAUCAGAGGCAGCAGAACAGGGACGACCCCCAGAGCAUACCAGCAAGUUUUAUGCCAAGGGAGCACUGCAGUAUCUGGUCCCGAUCCUCACACAGACACUAACAAAACAGGAUGAAAAUGAUGAUGAUGAUGACUGGAAUCCCUGUAAAGCGGCAGGGGUUUGCCUCAUGCUCCUGGCCACCUGCUGUGAAGAUGACAUUGUCCCUCAUGUCUUACCCUUCAUAAAAGAACACAUUAAGAACCCUGAUUGGCGAUACCGGGAUGCAGCUGUCAUGGCUUUUGGCUGCAUCUUGGAAGGACCAGAACCCAAUCAGCUCAAACCACUAGUUAUUCAGGCAAUGCCCACUCUCAUAGAAUUAAUGAAAGAUCCCAGUGUGGUAGUUCGAGACACAACUGCCUGGACCGUGGGCAGAAUCUGUGAGCUGCUCCCUGAGGCUGCCAUCAAUGAUGUCUACCUUGCUCCUCUACUGCAGUGUCUGAUUGAGGGCCUGAGCGCCGAGCCCAGGGUGGCUUCCAACGUGUGCUGGGCUUUCUCUAGUCUGGCUGAAGCUGCUUAUGAAGCUGCAGAUGUAGCUGAUGAUCAGGAAGAACCAGCUACCUACUGUUUGUCUACUUCAUUUGAACUCAUAGUCCAGAAGCUCCUAGAGACCACAGACAGACCUGAUGGACACCAGAACAACCUAAGGAGUGCUGCCUAUGAAGCCCUGAUGGAAAUAGUGAAAAACAGUGCCAAGGACUGUUAUCCUGCAGUCCAGAAAACAACUUUGGUCAUCAUGGAGCGACUGCAGCAAGUGCUGCAGAUGGAGUCUCACAUCCAGAGCACAUCAGACAGAAUCCAAUUCAAUGACCUCCAGUCUUUGCUCUGUGCUACUCUUCAGAAUGUUCUCCGGAAAGUGCAGCACCAGGACGCUUUACAGAUUUCUGAUGUGGUCAUGGCAUCCUUGCUGAGGAUGUUCCAGAGCACAGCUGGGUCUGGGGGGGUUCAAGAAGAUGCCCUGAUGGCCGUGAGCACAUUGGUAGAAGUGUUGGGUGGUGAGUUCCUGAAAUACAUGGAUGCCUUUAAACCCUUCUUGGGCAUUGGUUUGAAGAAUUAUGCUGAGUACCAGGUUUGUUUGGCAGCUGUGGGCCUGGUGGGAGACUUGUGCCGAGCCCUACAGUCCAAUAUUUUACCUUUCUGUGAUGAGGUGAUGCAGCUGCUAUUGGAGAACUUGGGAAAUGAAAAUGUCCACAGGUCUGUCAAGCCGCAGAUUCUGUCAGUAUUUGGUGAUAUUGCCCUUGCGAUUGGGGGAGAGUUUAAGAAGUACCUUGAGGUGGUAUUGAAUACUCUCCAGCAGGCCUCCCAAGCCCAAGUGGACAAGUCGGACUACGACAUGGUGGAUUAUCUGAAUGAGCUAAGGGAAGGGUGCUUGGAAGCCUACACCGGAAUCAUCCAGGGAUUAAAGGGAGACCAGGAGAAUGUGCACCCGGAUGUGAUGCUGGUGCAGCCUCGAGUAGAAUUUAUUCUUUCCUUCAUCGAUCACAUUGCUGGAGAUGAGGAUCACACAGAUGUAGUAGUAGCUUGUGCUGCUGGACUGAUAGGAGACUUAUGUACAGCUUUUGGGAAGGAUGUACUGAAAUUAGUAGAGGCCAGACCCCUGAUCCAUGAACUGUUAACUGAAGGACGAAGAUCCAAGACGAACAAAACAAAAACCCUUGCUACCUGGGCAACAAAAGAACUGAGGAAAUUGAAGAACCAAGCUUGAUCUGUUACCAUUGGGAUGACACCCGAGACCCCCACUGGAAAUCUCCAAUCUUUUGAAAAACCCGGAAGUGAGGAGUGUGCACGGAUGCUGAAUGUUUGGGAAUGAGAGGAUGAGUGAGUGAGGCUUGAAAACACACCACAUUGAAAAUCCUGCCACGGCAGCAGCAGCAGCCAACAGCAGCGCUGUUAGUGAGCUAAGCACUGACUUCCGUAGAAAACCAUAACAUCGGCCGUCUUGGAAAAGAGAAAAGUGACGGGAUUUAUGUGCUUUAAAAAAGAGAGAGCGAGAGAGAGAGCUAUCUCUUCCCAAGAGAGGCUAGAACUAGCUUUUCUGUCUUUCGGCCAGUGCUGAGCGGAAUGACUAGUGUGGGAGAAAAGGGACUGGGUUCAGCUGUGGUGCUUUGUUGUUAAAGGCCUGGCCUUUGCUACUGAUGAGAGAGAUGGAGCCUGGGUCUCGAGCCCACCUUCGGUGUACCUUUGCCACACGGUACUGUACGCGUGCGGGCUAAAAGGAGGGUGAGGGAUUUUUUCAGUCUAAGAGUGAGUGUGUGUGAAUGAGGCGGUAUCCACAUUCUCAACUUCAAGUCAUUGCAGUUUAUCUUUUUCCCAGAAAAAAAAAGGGGUUAGACGUUACAUUUCAUAAAACUAACCGAAGUUCUGUCUACUGAUGCAGCACAAGAGAUGUAAAAAGGAAAAAAAAAAAAGGAAAGCCGCUCUUUAGGGUCUUUUUUUAUUUUUAAUUUUUAGGGAAAACACUGACAUGUUCAGUUCCCAUCCCAAGUGACGCUUUUCAUGAUCUCUUUUCAUCAAGGCGCCUUUCCUAAUAUGGUUCAACUGUGAAUGUAGAAGGGGGGGGGUGGGGGGAGGGGAGGGGGAAAGACAACUCUGGUUUAGGGAUAUAGGAAAAAUGAGAUUGUCAAAAACAGACUUUAAAGACAACCCACAACCCAAACCAAAAUUUAAAUGCUCAGAAUUGGCAGCACAAAGGGAAAGCUCUCUCCUGACUUGUACUGUGACAGUCUGAAUGCCCCAAAAAUUGUGCCAAAGAGUAAAAAAAGAAAAAACCAAUAAAAAUAUAAACACAAGAAAAAAAUCCCAUAACAAACUUCAGGUAACUAUUUUGGAUUGCAAAAUGAGGAUAAAUUUAAUGUUCAAACAAAAUCUGAUAAAAUAACCAUUUGGAAACUGCUUGGCCUUCUGUUCUUUAUUUGAUUGACUCCAAUGUGGUAAUGGUCUCUUGCUGCACUUCAGAAACCAACCGACAAAAGAAAAAAGGAAAAAAAGAAUUUAUAUAAAUAUAUAUAUUAUAUAUAGACAUACUGACAAGCUCUCAUGAUGAAAAUGGCACUUGUAAAAGGUUAUAUUUUUCCACUGCAGUUGAAGAUUAAUAAAAGUGUCAAACAUUCCCUAAAA